ACAGUUAUUGAUCAGUUCUUUAGAGAUUUCAAUUGGAGUGAGGAUUCUAAGUUCUGAAGCAUGGAUACAUCAGGGAAGUCACUUUUGUCCAAGUGGUCACUGAAAGACACUGGUAUAAAAUCUAGCUUAAUAAGCACAGGGUUACAGAGCAAUGUAUCAGGUGGGAAAAGUUCAGGUUUUGAAAGCAAGCUUCCAGCUGGACCCCUAGUGGGAGCUAGUUUAUCCACUACCAGAAAGAGAAAACCACUCACCACCAAAUCUUCCAUCGAAGACAAGAAACCAUUAGUUGAAAAACCUCAUCUCAAAAGUUCUUUGCUAGGAUCUUCUUCUCUUUUAACGAGUGGUAGUCUGAAGAGCUCUCUCCUGGGCUCAUCUACACUGAGUUCUAAGACCCCUCCACCCUCCUCACUGAGUUCUAAGACUCAGACCAGGAGCAGCCAUGUUACCCCACAAUCAAGACCCUUGAGUGGUUCUCUUCUAGGAAAUACAGCUGCAACCAGUCUUCUGUCUGGGUACACUACCUCAGCCCUAUCAUCCACAUUAAGUGCUGGUAGGUCCCUGCAAGGGCAGGAUACCUCCUUAACAAAUCAGAAAGUGUCUGUCUUGUCACAUGCCUCAGUUCUGACCAAUCAGCAACCAGUAGGAAGAGUAUCUCUACAGUCCAGCUUUUUAAUGACCUCGAGUAAACUGCCAACAGGACUUUCUGACUCAAAACCUAAAGGCACCAAAGAGAAAUCAGGUCAGUCACAAGCCAAACAGAAGUCAAAGAAACGAGCGGCAGAUGAUAGACUAGAAUUUGAUAAAUACAAGGCUAAGGCCCCUCGUUAUGACCUCAGGAAGGUAAUUCCAGAAGAAAAGGGAGUAGAGGUGCCAAAGUUUGUAAAUCCAAGCAAGGAUCCCAGUCUGAACAGACCAGCUAUCCCACUGCAUGAUGUCAACGGCUUAAAGCUGGCUCUUAUCAAUGCUGUAAGUGGAUCCCUGAUUUGUCAGCCAGACUUCUCCAAGAGCAACGACCUGACCAGGAGAGCCCUGUCUGAGAUGUCAGAGAGGGUCGUGACCUAUGACCCAGAGUUCAUUCUUAAGGUUGCUUUGUACACAAGAAAGGAGUUAAACAUCAGAACUACAGCAAACUUCCUUCUGGCUCUCUGCUCCAAUGUAGAGGUCUGUCGACCAUAUCUAAAAAAGUACUACUGUGCUUCCAUCCAGUUGCCCUCUGACUGGAUAGAGGUGGCAGAGAUUUAUCAGGCGUUCCAUGACACCAAUUUGUCCCAUGGCUCUCUGCCAGCAGCCCUGCGUAAAGCCAUGAUCAUGAAGUUCCCUGAGUUUGACCAGUAUCAGUUAGCAAAAUAUAACAAGGAAAGCUCAAUGAAGAAAAAGAAGAAAAAAGAAAAGAAAGAAACUGAAUCAGUCAGGGGUCGUGGAGGGAAUGCUGGUGUCAGGGGACGUGGAGGUCGAGGUGGGGUCAGAGGUCGAGGAGGUGCAAUGAGAGGUCGAGAUGCCAGAAAUGUGUCAACCAAUCAGAGAGGCAACUGGGAUUCCGAUAGCAAUGAGGAAAGUGAUGAGGAAGAAAACAUCCAUCGUCAGCUGAGUGAUGUGGUUUAUGAUGAAGAAGAUCACACACAGGAGGAAAUGGAGAAAAUCAAAUUCUCCAUUAAACAACUGAUCCGUAAACUUCACAUCAUCGAACCAGUGGACCAUGUCAUGUCUAUAAUUGGAAAAAAGUACCCAGACACGCUAGAGGCAUUUUACAAAUCCCGACUCCCGGGGGAAUGGGAUCAGGAUCGGGCAGGGAAGAGGAUGAAGCUCCCCGUCCCAGAGACAUGGGAAACACAGGUGUCCCUCAAAGGGAACAAAGCCUCUACUUGGGAGGACCUCAUUGAUCACAAAAAGCUGCCAUUCAUGGCAAUGUUGAGGAACUUAAGGAAUCUGAUAAAAGCUGGUAUUUCCCAGAAACAUCAUCAACAGGUUCUUCGUCGACUCACUGAUGAGAGACAAGUUGCCAAUAGUAAGCAGUUUCCCUUCCGGUUCUUUUCUGCCUAUGAAGUUCUAAGUGGACUUGAAAAAGAAUAUGAAACAACUCAGAAGAAGCUUGUAGAGUUGGCUGAGAUGGAAGCCUCAGGAAUCCCUAGGUCUCAGGCUGCCCCCAGGGGAGGAAGAGGAAGGGGUCGGGGCCGAGGGCGUGGGGGAAAGGGAGAUAACUGGUGGAUCGAGAAGAAAAAUAAACAAAAGGAAGAAAAAAGGAAACCGAAAGAGACAGCCUUUGACAAGGCAAUCAUCAAUCGUUACAAGAAAGCUCUGGACACCGCAGUCAAGAUAGCCACAGUCUACAAUGUACAGCCAAUUAGGGGCCGAACCAUAGUACUGUCUGACUGUAGCGAUAGAAUGAGGGUCAACUGCACCGCGGCCAGGGGCUUGGGAAAACCUAGACAGAUGUUGGAGGUGGCUCUACUGAUGGGACUGAUGUGUAAAUACUCGUGCGAGGAGUGUGAGUUUGUCACCUUCAAGGAAACCACCUGGGAACAAGCCAGUAUACAGCCUGGAACCAUUCUAGACAAUCUAGACAACCUGCUCAAAAAGAUAAAUUUCCCAGAAGUCAGUGGAAAGACAGAAAAAAUGCCAAAUGGAUUCCCUGAGUCCAUUCUGAUGGAGAAACUCAGAGACAGAAUACAGGUGGAUAACAUCGUCAUCCUUUCCGGAGGAGAUCUUGCAGCGACUCAGCAGAAAAUUCUCUCUAACUUCCUGAAGAAGUAUCGACAGAUUGUCAACCCUAACCUUCUCUAUGUCAACAUCUCCUUUGCAGGGAAAGGCUGUGGUUUCUCUCAGUCUAUCAAACCUGAGCAUGAUAAUGAUAUCUACAUCUCUGGUUACAGUGAUGCCAUUCUCAGGUUCAUAGCAGAGAGGGGAGAAGGGGGGCAGUUAAUUCAUGUGGAGAAAAUUGACGAGGCUUUUAACCUGAAACCCCUGGCAGGGAUAGCCCUGGAGAACUCAAAGACUGUCCCUGUCUCCAAACCAGAGAAACCCCUGGUGCUGCUUUCAGGAAAACCAAGUUGGAGAAAGACGAGAGUGUUUAUCUCCUCCACGUUCCGAGACAUGCACGGAGAAAGAGAUGUUCUGACUCGCUUUGUCUUCCCAGAACUGCGAGCACUUGGAAGGAAGCACUUCAUUAACAUACAGGAAGUGGAUCUAAGGUGGGGGAUCACAGAGGAGGAGAGUAACCGAGCAAUUGAACUCUGUCUCUCAGAAGUGAUGACUUGUGAGUUCUUCAUGGGAAUCCUGGGAAAUCGCUAUGGUUAUGUCCCUGAUAACUAUAAUGUACCCGAUAUGGAGGAAUUUGAUUGGCUUAAGACCUAUCCACCUAAUGCUUCAGUUACAGAGUUAGAGAUGCACUUAGGUGCACUGUCCAACCCCAGCACACGCAUGGGAAAAGCUUUCUUCUACAUACGCGAUGAUAGCUUUGAAAGGGACCUCCCAAAAGAGCUGCACUCUGAGUUUAUGACGGAAAAUCCCCAGGUCCGAGGUAAACUGGAAGAUCUGAAGACUCAGGUGGAAUUCAGUGGCUUCGAGGUCUACAAAGGGUACCCCUGUCACUGGGGCGGAGUUAUCGAUGGGAAACCAAUGGUAGCAGGCCUGGAGAAGUUUGCUGUGAGAGUCCUCAAUAACCUGUGGAAUGCCAUUAAAAAGGCAUACCCAGAUGAGGAGGCCAUUUUGGAUGAAAACAUACAUGUUGCUAAGCAACAUGAGGCAGUGGUGGAGAGUCACAAGGAGAAAUUUGUGGGAAGGAAGAAACUGAUCAAGGAAUGUGUGGCACACAUCAUAGAGAGAAAGUCCAACAUCAUCGCACUGAACGGCAAGGCCGGGACCGGGAAAACGGCACUUCUGUCGGCAAUUGUCCACAGCUACAUAGAGAACCCACAGAGUGAUGGCGCUCACUCGGUACUGGUUCACGUCGUGGGUGCCGCCCCUGGCUCCACAAACAUUGUGGCGACCCUGAGGAGGUUGUGUUAUGAGCUCAGGAGACAGUUUGCUGUGGACACUGAGAUUCCAGAGGACUUCAAAAAUUUGACCCAGAAGUUUGGUGAGUUACUGGAAGAGGGUGCUGCUUCAUGCUCCUCACCCUUGGUGAUAUUUAUAGAUGGCCUUGACAUGAUGGAAAACACCCACCAACCCUACAACUUAGAGUGGCUGCCUCAAAACUUAUCAAAGAAUGUUGUGUUUGUGAUGACAACAUUGGAUGGUGGAAAAUGCCACAGAUCACUAAAGAGACGACCUUUUACAGAGGUCAUUGUGGGUGGCCUUGACAUGUUUGACAAGGCUGAGGUUGUUAGGAACAAUCUAGCAGUAUACAGGAAAAAGCUGGAUGAGUCUCCUUUCAAAAAUCAGAUGAAGUUCUUGAUGGGGAAGAAGGAUGCUGGAAACCCGUUGUUCUUAAAGUUGGCUUGUGAGGAACUGAGGGUGUUUGGAAAAUUUGAAAUGGUGACCAGUAAGUUAAAGUCCCUCCCUCAGACUGUCCCCCAGAUGUUACAGGAAGUCCUCAGUCGCCUGGAGUCAGAUCUGGGUCAGGAGGUCGUAUCCUUGGCAAUGUGCUUACUAGUCUGUAGCAGGGAUGGGUUGAUGCCAGAGGAACUCCAUGAUCUUCUGAGUCUCCACGAUCUGUUAGACACCACUAACUACACCGCAGACACUGUCUAUAACAUUCUCCUGUCCCCAGACAAAAUGAUGCCCACCGCGGCGUUCUCCCACCUGUGUAGAUCUCUACAGACUUUCCUGAAUCCACACGAAAACACAAACACCUGUUUGUCCCUCGCGCACCUUGAUGUAGCGGCAGCUGUUAGAUCUCGUUACAUGAAGAGUUCCCAUGACAAAGAGUCCGGAUUACACCGGCUGAUGGCCGGAUACUUCCUCCAGCUGGUAGAUCCGGAUCACGAUGGAUCGUACAAUGGAAACAGCAUCAGGGGAUUCUCAGAACUACCUUAUCACCUGGCUUAUGGAGGGGAGUUCAAGGUUCUUGUGAAGGUGCUGUGUAGUUUGGAAUUUAUCAGUAACAAAUGUCGGCUUGGUCUGGGAAAGAUUCUGUUGGAAGAUUACCAAGAGAAAGAAUUCACCAACAGAACAAUGGAGCGUGACCAGCAGAAAGUGAUGGGACUUCAUUGUUACCAGGAAUACAAGAUGUUUGUGUCUCGCAACAUCCACCUUUUGAAUGAGUAUCCAUCACUGACGUGGCAGCAGGCCAUAAAUGACAUCAUGGACAGCGAGCCUUACAAGGACGGCACCAAAACACUGGACUCGGCCAAACACCAGUCCGAGACGUACUUCAGGUGGUCUAACCGCCCGCAAACCGAGGAUCCUAAUUACCUCACCCUCAGCAACCUACCACAGCCUGUGACCUGUGUAGCCAUUAGUAAGGAUAAUGCUUUCUUUGUUUGUGGAGGCCUUGAUUGCGUUGUUCAUCUUCAUGAUUUGGAGACAGGAAAGGAAGUAAGAAGUUUCCAUGGACACGCUGAUGUCAUCACUGACGUCUGCUUUGCUGGGAGGUCACAUGUCUGCAGUGCCUCUCUUGACAACAACAUCAGUGUGUGGCACCUAGAUGAUGGACACAGGAUACACAUAUUAAAGGGACACAAGAGAAGGGUCCAAUCUAUUGCCUCUGAUGUGUCCGGCAAAACUCUGGCUUCAGCAUCAUGGGAUUGCACCGUCAAAGUGUGGAACGUCAUGAAAGGGGAGUGUGUGUGUGACCUUAAAGUGGGCAGCCCUGUAAAUGCUGUAUCGUUUCACCCUGAGGGACAGCUGAUUGUGACUGGAAUGUGGGACUCCACCCUCAAAAUCUGGGAUGUCUUCCACAAAACAAGGAGAGCAGUACUGAGGGGCCACAACUCCUCUGUCCGAGAUGUGGCAUAUUCUCCCUGUGGCCGUUAUAUUGCCUCAGCAGCGUUGGAUGGUGACGUCAAAUUGUGGGAGUCACAGAAAGGAACUCAGGUGGGAAAUGUACGAGGGCACUCUCUGCCAAUCAACAAGCUUACAUUCUCUCCGACGGGAAGAAAUCUGAUCACAGUCAGUGAUGAUCAUAAAAUCAAGGUGUGGUCAGGACACAUGGGUAAGCCCCUUCAAUGUCUGGGGACAGAGAAUGAUGGACCAGUGAAGUCGGUGGCCCUCUCACCUGACGGGGAAACCCUAGCUGUGGGGUACCACGAGGGGUUCAUUCGAUUUUAUGACGUUGCUACAGGGUCCCUGAUGAACAGUUCUAACCCCCACUCAGCAGCAGUACGCCGAUUGUCCUUUAGUCCGUGUGGAAAUUAUCUGGUCUCAGCGUCUGCAGACUGCAUUGCAACUGUGUUCAGUAUGCCAGGGAGUGUAGUGGCCACAAUGGUAGCUGGCAGCCCCCUCAUGUGUGUGACAGUCUCCAAACAUUAUAUUGCUGUUGGAACUGAGGACAACCAGUGCCUGGUGUAUCCCAGUGUCAGCAGUAAAACUAAGGGAGGACGAUUGAAAGAGAUGUUGACCUUACGGGGUCAGACUGGACCAAUCACAAGCUGUACAUUUAAUUCCGAUGUCUCCAAACUGGCCACUGCCAGCAGAGAUGCUUCGGUGUAUAUUUGGGAUGUACUGGGCUGUCUCCUUGACCCCACUGACCCCGCCCCCGUCCAGAAACUUCAUGCCUGUCACUCGGACUGGAUCACAGAUUGUCAGUGGUCAAACAUCGGAGAUUACCUUGUUACAGGAUCUGUAGAUUUCAAUCUCAAAGUUUGGGACGUGAAAACGGGGGAAGAAAAGUUCAAACUGACAGGUCACAUGGCAUCCAUCACCUCUGUUAGAUUCAGUUAUGGUUGCAUUGUCUCGGCCUGCAGUGAUGGCUCAGUCAAAGUGUGGUCACAGAAAGGUACAGAAAUUACCACCCUACACGGACACACCCAGUGUGCUAAUGACUGUGCCCUAGUGGUCAAGGUGUCAGAAUCCUCAGAAGUGGAUGAGGAGGAGGAAGUGGUCAGCGAUUGGUCAGCUGAACCAAAAGAAACCAAGCCAAGCAAGAAGAAACCCAAAAUAGACAUGGAAGAUGUACUGGUGGCCAGCUGUUCUGAUGACGGCACCGUCAGACUCUGGAAUCCACUACAGGCAAACGAGCUGGCUAACUUAACUGGUCAUGAUGACCGAAUCCUAAGUGUGGCCUCUGAUUCCCAUGGUAACCUGUGUACCAGUUCACUGGAUAAAUCCAUCAGACUGUGGAAGCCAACUCUCAGUUCGGAGACGGCGACCAGUUGUCAUGACGCUCCUGUGACCUUCACCUCUGUCUCCAGUGACGGUGACAGUCUACUGACAGGAAGCAGGGAUGGAUAUGUUAAGUUGUGGAGACUUCACCCUGACACGGGUGACACACAACUGGUACAGUCACUGAAGGUGCAUGCUAAGUCAGUGAACACUGGCUGUUUUGUGGGGCACGACGGUAAGAAGUUUGUAACAGGAGGGGACGAUGAAAUGUUCUAUGAGUGGAAAUGUCAGGGAGGCCAAGGGGGAGCCGCCACAUUAAUGAGGAAGGUGAACAGAUAUAAGAUGAAAUCUCCAGUGACGUGCGUCGUGUGGCACAAGGCUUCCAAGGCUAGCAGUGGUCAGGUAGUGGUCAGUGCAGAGUGGGACCGAGCCAGGGUGACCGUCAUCAACACUGACCAGAAAUCUCCACUGAAAACCAUAGAGCUCGGGUCUGUGGACAGUGGAAGUUGGGUAAUGAACAUGAUGUUCCAGGGUCAGGAACUAACAGUCAUGAUGUCGGACUCUAUGGUGCAGGUCCUCCAAUUAACUGGCUCACUCUCACCCAAGGGAACUUGUGAGUUGAGUGUCACCAAGAAAAAUGACAUUAAAUGUGUGGCAGACAUAAAACAGAAAGUACCAGAACAUAAACUAGGACUGAAUAUGAUUUUGUGUGGGGCAGUCCUGGAUAAAGAGGUGAAAUUGUCAGGCAUCACAGAAAAGCCUCGUCUUCUGGGAGAUUGCAAGGGGCAACUGACCAUUCUGUUCAGGGAUUGUAAGCCUGAAUCAUUGAAGAUACAUGAAAGAGAUGUGACCUGUGUUAAGGUCGUGAAUGGUUUGGUGUUAACGUCAUCCUUGGACCGCUCCGUGAAGGCCUGGAGGAUAGACUGCACCAGAUCUUACACUACGCCACAACAGGUGUUGUCUGAGGGACUGGAACAGAUGGGUCUGUUUUUGUGUCCAGCACCAGUGACCAGCAUGGAGAUCGUGGAAGGUUCCAAUCAGAAUGAGCUGAUCUGUGGAGACGAGCUGGGGAACAUCCACUUCUUUGUGGUCGAGUACCACGGAGUAUAAUGUCAGAUGUUGUAAAGAUCUAGGGACUUAGUAAACAUACGCAAACAAUGUGAAACAUUGCAGCAAUAGGCAGUGGCUGUUUUAUAAUAAAUUCUUAAGAUUUGUAUUCAAAAACUUCUUGUUAACAAAACAUACAUCUGUCCUUCAUCCUUUAUUUAUCUCACAAAUUUCAUUAAUGUGCUGUGAGAUAAUAUAAUUUCUAAUCUUAGUAGAGAUGAAAUCCUAUUUAUUCAUUGUAACAUCAUUUAUCUGUGUGUUUUGAAUUGUGAAUAGCAUUAAUUUAUUUCUGCAUAAUCAUAUAAUGUGCAUCUUAAAAAUAGUCUAUACAUAUUACAUGUAUGUGCAUUUUUUUUUUUCAUUUGGAGUGAUAUUGAAAAAAAAAAAAUCAUGGUAUGAAUUUAUUGUUUAAAUUAUUUAUAUUUUGUUUGACAAAUAGCCACACUGUGAUACACGAGUAUUAGUAGUAUUUAUAUUCUUAUUCUCUGAUUUUUCUCUGGGUUUAUGUGACAGACAUUCACUCUGACAGAGUUUCUAAUAUGUUGUUCUUUAUUUAUCUUACUUGUACAUCAUUUGUAUAUCAUGUAAUAAAUUAAUCAUUAAUACAUAUGAAUUAACAUCCUAGUCCAUAGAAGUGGGAGAAUACAGCAAUGUUAUUAAAUAUUAAAAAAAGAAAAAGAAAAAAAAAUGUUCAAUUUUUGUGUUGCAUCAUGAGGACCUCAAAGAGCCUUGUUUUGAUAUACAGUGCUCUCAAUAUUGUGUUAAAAAAUAAGCAUAAAUUGAUGUAAUUAUGUAUGUAUGUAUGUAUGUGAAUGUAAUGUGAAAAAAAUGUGAGUAGUUUUCUUUUAAAGAAACAAUUUCUCCUCAAAUUUGUUGCUGAUUAUCAGUAAUUGUGUUAAUUAUACACGUAUCUCUAUUGUAAGAUAGAAGACAUUUUAGUCUCUGAUUUAAAUGUUGAUAUUGUGAUUGAUUGUGUUCUUUCUAUUAACUGUAUGUUAUUUGUAUUACACUGUGAUACUGAACAACAGGAGGCAAGCAAAUUAAAAUAGAAAAUAGAAACAAAUUUAUGGAAGUGCAAGAGAUAUAUAAUAUUUAAAAAAAAUGAAGUAUUGUCUUGCUGAAGAAUUACUUUAAGGAUCAGUAAUUGAUUUUUUAUUUCAAUUUGAAUAUAAAUUGCUAAAUUAGCUAAGCAGUUUGAACUUGUACUUGUAACAUCUUUUAUGUUCUUUUAUGUUCAAAACUUGAAAUAUUGGCACCAAGACACGAGAAUAAGUUUAAAAAGAACUAAAAGGUUAAAAAGUUUAUGAUAAUUAAGGUAUGUAUUUAAAGGGGCCUGGUUUCAACUAUUUAGUGUGCUAUUGUCUCUCAGUUGCUACCACAAGUUAAUUUUUUUUUAAUUUAAUCUUUUGAAACAAACUCUGGGGAAAGGCAAAAAAUGACUGGGAUGGGGGCUGAGGGGGUCAGAAUUAUUCUUUCAAUUUAUAAGGAAAGUCUUGAUUUGAAAUUUUUAAUUAAUAUAAAUCCUGAAAGGUCAUAGUGACUGCAAUUUCUUCUUCAAUGAGGGGUAGAAGGGAUAUUUCUUAUAUCUUUACUGGUGUUUAAUUAAUACAGGGACAAAUUUAUCAUUUACCGACAUGUAAUAAUU